GUCAAACCGAGCUGCGGUAGGUUUCUCCAAGCCCCGGGGUGAUGGGGUGAGGGAGGUGGGCUGGACUUCGGAACCGAGCCGGUGACUCUGGAGCCCGGAGGGAGCAGUGACGAGUCUGGCGAACCGGGCUCUCGGGGGUAUCAGCCGGACCUGAUGGCGGUGUUUAGGUCAGGAAUACUGGUUUUAACGUCCUCUCUUCACCUUAUUCCGUCGCGCCUAGCUCCAGUCUUGGCAGCGGCUGCUAAAAUCGUGCAGAAGAUACUCUACGUUCACUUGCACCCCGGUUUGGGACUUGCGGGCAACUGCGUUCAGCCCACCCCGGCUUACGUUCCAGCAAACCGGGAAGUGUCUCAGAUACUGACUCAUCUGUAUGCGAAAAGUUUAAACGUUUGCGGUUGCCUGGAUGUCAGGGUCAUUCUUUCAAACGUCAAAAACCUCUGCUCGACUCAGCAACCCUUUUCGUCGGUGCAAACAUUGUCUGAACCACCAGAGGUGGUCCUCACAGACUAUCGCAUCACAGAUUCGAAUCAGUCUAGUCUAGUUACACAGUGUCUGGAAAAGUAUAUUCUUGCCUGCUACACCUGCAGACCCAACUUGCAGUCCAUAUUUUUGCCAUCUGGGGGUGACGAUGCGGAGAAUUCCUGCCCUGACGCGAAUGAUCCGGGUCUGAGUGAAGGUUUCCCACCUUACGGUGACGUUGUGCUUGGAGGCACUUUUGACAGGCUCCACUCUGCUCACAAGAUCCUCCUCAGUGUAUCGUGUCUUCUGGCGAGAAAGCGUCUGUUAAUUGGAGUGGCGGAUGGAGAACUACUUAGUAGUAAAGAUCUAAAGGAGCUAAUCGAGCCGUACCAAGAUCGUGUGGACAAGGUUAGGACGUUCCUGUUGGAUGUGAAUCCGGGCAUACAAUAUGAGCUCUGCUCCCUGCGAGACCCCUACGGACCAGCGAUCACUGACCCAGAUCUGGAGUGUAUUGUUGUCAGUGACGAGACCCGUAAGGGUGGAGAGGCAGUGAACCGGAAACGACUGGCAAACGCCCUCCAGGAGCUGGCAAUCCACCAGAUCAGCCUUGUUAAGGACGUCCAUCACACCAGCGACGAAGAAGAAAAGAUCAGCUCAUCCACACUCAGGAAGCGACUGUUAGGAUCUUUGCUCACACCUCCCAAGGAUAAUCCUCGUUUACCAGCGACUCCCUAUGUGAUCGGUCUGACUGGAUACAUGGGCAGUGGAAAAUCAUCAGUUGUGCAGUACCUGCAGAAAAUGGGCGCAGUCGCCAUUAACGCUGACGCUAUGGGGCACCAGUCCUACAGGCAGGGAACAGCUGCCCAUCACAAGAUCGUUCAGGAGUUUGGACAAGAAAUUCUUCUGCAAGAUGGAACCAUCAACCGAAAGGCUUUGGGAAAGAUCGUCUUCGAAGAUCAAGAGAAACUAAAACGUCUCACCAGCAUUGUGUGGCCUGAGACGGCAGCUCUCGUCAAACAGAUGAUCAGCCAGGCUGGUUCAGAGGGUAAAUCGGUGUGUGUGGUGGAUGCUGCGCUCUUGCUGGAAGCUGGCUGGAAAGAUAUGGUUCAUGAAGUUUGGGUGGUGAUUGUUCCAAAGGACGAGGCACUCAGGAGGAUUGUGCAAAGAGACAACGUCAGUGAGGAAGAUGCCAGAAAGCGACUUGCAAACCAGUGGAGUAACGCCCAGCGGGUGCAACAUGCCAACGUGGUCCUUUCUACACAGUGGGAGGCUGAAUUCACCCAGAAGCAGAUCCGGAAGGCUUGGCAACUCCUUCAGAAUCGUAGGUCCUCUUGUUGACAUCGUCCAAGACCAGGGUCUCGACUGGGACUUUUUUUUGUUAAUAUAAUGGUUUGAAAGAUUUUUCAAUGAUUCACAGAAGAUUCUUUAUUACUCUGAGCAUUAAAUUUAUUGUGUGAACCACACUGGGUUAGAGGCGUGGGCUGUUUCUUACACUGAACGGACCGAUGUUGAAUACAUUGAGCAAACGUCACCGCCCUGGAGGCGUGGACUGUCCAUUACACUGAACGGACCAGCGCCAAAUUCACAACGCCUAGGUCUGCGCACCAGCGACGUCCGCUCCUCGCUGCAUCGAUCGUCCUGUGCACCGUGCGUCCGUCACUGCAUCGGAGACGUCGGUUGUUCGGUAUAAAUAUACACUGCAAUGCACACAAGAUGCUGAAGGAACUCAGCAGGUCAGGCAGCAUAUGUGGAGGCGCUUCAGACCGAGACCCUUUAUCAGGACUGGAAAGGA